AUGGAGAUACUUAACAAAACUCAUAAUAGCAUUCAAACAAGCCUAAUAACUUUUGGUAAUCCCUCCAGUUCUAAUGGAAAAGAUACAAUUAUUUGCAUUACUGGGAAUCCUGGUUUUGUUGACUUUUACUUAGAAUUUGGCCAGGAACUUCAUUCGAAAACUGGUUUACCAGUUUGUAUUAUCGGACAUGCUGGUCAUGAUAAUGUAUCUGAUAUGCAAUGCAGUAAAUUACAAGGCCAAGAACAUUUGUUUAACUUAAAAGGUCAAUUAAAGCAUAAAUUGGACCUUCUUGACAAUAUUAUAGACAAUAAGAGCAAAUUACAUUUCGUUGGACAUUCCAUUGGUUCCUGGUUUGUAAUAGAAUUAUUACAGAAUUAUGAUCAUUUGUAUAAAAAGACAUUAUCAAUUAAUUUACUAUUUCCUACUAUUCAAAGAAUGGCAAAAUCUAAAAAUGGGAUUUGGUUGAAUAAUUAUGUGAGAAAGAUUCAUGGUUUAGUGUUAUUCUUAAUUAAAUUAAUAUGUUUUUUGCCUGAAAGAGUUUCUUUAUUUUUAAUAAAUAUAUAUCUUAGGCUUUGUGGUCUGCCAGCACACUAUGAUAAAAGAUUUUUAAAAUAUCUUAAUCCACAUAUUUUUGAAAAAGUUUUAUUUCUUGCAUUUGAUGAAAUGGAUAAUGUAACGACAUUAAAUAAAGAAGGUGUAGACAAAGUUAAGCACUUAACUAAUAUAAUAUAUUCUGUUGAUGAUGGAUGGGCUCCUUUAAGUUUUAUGAAAGAUUUAAUGAUUUACCAACCUUAUCUUCAAAUGAUAGAAGUAAACACAGAUCAUGCUUUUAUUUUUAAAUCAUCACAAUUUAUUGCCUUUAUGGUAUCAGAUUUUAUAAAACACAAAAUUUCAGCAGGUAGUUAA